AUGUCUAAUCUCCUGAUUUUGAUCGCUUCUUUUCUCUUCCUCUUCAAUUUACCUUCUUCACUCGCCGAUUCAGAUUCUCCGACCGCUUAUUCAAUCCUCCAGAGCUACAAUUUCCCUGUCGGAAUCCUUCCAAAAGGAGUCGUAUCUUACGAUUUAGACACAACAACAGGGAAAUUCCAUGCGUAUUUCAACGAUUCGUGUAAAUUCAAUCUCGUGGGUUCUUACCAAUUGAACUACAAAUCUACGAUCAGUGGUUACAUCUCCGAGAACAAGCUCACGAAAUUGACUGGUGUUAAAGUGAAAGUCUUGUUCUUGUGGCUUAACAUCGUCGAAGUUAUCAGAAACGGAGACGAGAUGGAGUUUUCCGUUGGGAUCACGUCGGCGAAUUUCGCGAUUCAGGAGUUUUUGGAGUCGCCUCAGUGUGGGUGUGGAUUUGAGUGCAAGGAUUCGAAAUUUGACAUGUUUGAGAGAAAAUCCCCUUUUGUUGCUUCGUCUUGA